AUGACGGAUUCGAGCCUGAUGAUGCCGGUGGCGAUGGCUGAAAUCGUCGCGACGGCGAUGACGAAUUGGUGGAACGAUGUUAACGAGUCAACUCACUGGCAAGACGGGAUCUUCUUCGCUCUCUGUGGAGCUUAUGCUCUUGUUUCCGCCAUUGCUCUAGUCCAACUGGUAAGGAUCCAAAUGAGAGUGCCUGAGUAUGGCUGGACCACUCAGAAGGUGUUUCAUCUUAUGAACUUUGUCGUCAAUGGAGUUCGUGCGGUUCUGUUUGGAUUUCAUUAUCAAGUGUUUCUCGUGCAUCCCAAGGCGCUUUGCUGGAUACUUUUGGAUCUUCCAGGCCUCCUCUUCUUCUCGGCAUACACACUGCUUGUGCUGUUCUGGGCAGAGAUAUAUCACCAGGCAAGAAGCUUACCAACGGAUAAGCUGAGAAUAACCUAUAUCUCAGUCAAUGUGGCCGUAUAUCUGGCUCAGGUUGUGAUCUGGGUAUUCAUCUGGAUAAAUGAUAACAGCACUGUGGAGUUAGUUGGAAAGAUAUUCAUGGCAGUUGUGUCUUGCAUCGCCGCACUAGGCUUCUUGCUGUACGGAGGAAGAUUGUUCUUUAUGCUAAGAAGGUUCCCUAUCGAGUCAAAAGGAAGAAGGAAGAAGCUCCAUGAGGUUGGAUCUGUGACAGCCAUUUGCUUCACCUGCUUCCUCAUAAGAUGCAUUGUGGUUGCUGCAUCAGCUUUUGACAUGGACUUAACGCUCGAUGUUCUUGAUCAUCCGGUUCUAAACUUAAUCUACUAUAUGGUGGUUGAAGUACUACCAUCGGCACUAGUCCUCUUCAUUCUCCGUAAGCUACCACCAAAGAGAGUUUCAGCACAAUACCACCCGAUCCAGUAG